AUGCACCAUCCACACACCACCAGCAAGAGGGCCGUAUCGGACACAUCGGCUGGAUCGGCUGGAAGGCAGCGAGCUCAUGACGCGAUCGGCUCGCACCGAGCCGUCCCUGAGCAGCUGGAUGUGGCAUUCGGCUCGCCUGGCACGCCUGGGUACGGCCACGUCACGCCAGCCCCAGUUUCCGCUUCAAGUCAGUUUUCGCACCCUACGGGCCCUCAGUUGAUUCCCAGCCAGUCAGAAUCAGAGCUGCGACCCGAUCGAGACUUCAGCUUUGGCGCGGGUUUGCACCGGCUUGGCUCGACUUCGCCAGUUCUGCACCGAGCGCGACUGCUCAUCUCGAUGCAAUUGCUGGUAUUGCAUCUCGCUACGCUCGAUUGCUAG